ACACAGAGAAAUGAUAACUACUAAUAUUUUUGUUUUUCAUUUUAUUCUGUCAACAUAAAAAUGUCACCAGUGUGAAAUCGAUCUGGAUUAGAGAAGGCAGGGCAGUGUGGUGAUCGGAGAUGGCGGAUGCAGCAGUGACGUUCCUUCUGGACAACCUGGUCCAGCUGCUGAAGCACCAGGCGAGUCUCAUCAGCGGUGCGGAGCGUGAUCUGGAUCUGCUGAAACAGGAUCUAGAGACGUUGAAUAGCUUUCUCCGCAAGGCCGCCAAGAAGCCAAACAAGCCGGAAGAGUUCCGAGACCUAGAGAAGCGGAUCCGAGAUGUGGUUUAUGAGGCCGAAGACACCAUUGACUCUUGCAUCGCCGCAGCAUAUAAGAAGAGUAGCAUCACCCGAUUUUUCGGUGGCUUCGCUGAAGAAGUCAAGUCCCUUAGAGAGAAUGAGGUCAUCCAGAUGGUGGACAAGGUCCUAAAGUUUGACGCCACUACAAUGGACAACAUCCCAGACGCACAACGGAAGGAUUCGCCUACCAAACCCAAGCUCAAGACAAUCAGGGAGGAAAACGUGGUAGGCUUUGAAGAUUAUGAAAAUUUAAUCGUCGAAUAUCUUAGGGAAUCAAAGGAGGAAUUGGAUGUCAUAUCCAUCAUUGGUAUGCCGGGUUUGGGAAAGACAACACUGGCAUGGAAGAUAUUCAAGAGCCAUUUUGUGGAGAAUGAAUUCCCCAAUCGCAUUUGGGUAAAUGUUUCGCAGACACCCGAUAUCAAGAAUGUUUUCCUCACCAUUCUAAAGAAAUUUACUAGCGAAGACAUCUCUAACGACAUAUUGGAUACCACAUUGAUUGACAUGGUUCAGUCAUAUCUCAAGGACAGAAAGUUCAUAUUAGUAUUGGAUGAUGUGUGGAAUAUGGAGGAUUGGAAUAGUAUCAGAAAUGUUUUGUCCAAGAGCAAUUACAUGAGUAAAGUCAUCAUCACUAGCCGCGAGAAGAGUGUUGGAGACAAAGCUAGUCAACCGAGGAAAUCCUAUGAGCUACCUUUCUUGUCGGGUCCACAGAGUUGGGAGCUUCUCCAAUAUGAAGCAUUUGGUAAACCUGGGAUGUGCCCUGAUGAAUUGAAAGUUGUUGGGGAAUGCAUAGCCAACAAUUGUCAUGGAUUGCCACUUUCAAUUGUGGUGAUUGGAGGAAUUCUUGUGGAACAAGAUGCAAAGAAUGAGGAUAUAAGUGCGAAGAAAGAAGCAUGGCUUAAGGUGUCGAACGAUGUGAAAAAAUUUUUAGAAAAUGACAAGAAGAAUCAGGUGUUAGAUAUUGUGGAAUUAAGCUACAACAGAUUACCCGAUGAAUUGAAAGAUUGUUUGCUAUAUUUGGCGGUGUUUCCAGAAGACUAUGAGAUCUCUGCUUGGAAGUUGAUCCGCCUAUGGAUUGGAGAAGGAUUCAUACAAGGAGAGAAUUUGGAGGAAACUGCAGAAGAGAAUCUGAAAGAUUUAAUCAGCAGGAACUUAGUGAUGGUUGUUAAAAGAAAUUCCAAAGGCGGGGUGAAAACAUGUCGCGUUCAUGACGUGGUACAUGCAUUCUGUGGUUCAAAAUUAUUACAGGAGCAGCCAAGGUUCUUUCGUGAAAUGAAAUGUGUGAAUAAAGGUUUUGUCCCUCCAUUAUCCGACAUUGACAAACCCCGCCGUCUUUCUUUCCAUUCUGGUUUGGAGAUCUUCUUCACAAGCAAUGAAAAGAAGAAAGUUUCUCGCGUCCGUUCUCUUUUGUUCUUCAAGGAAUCGCCGAAUUUCCCCGAAAAGCAUACACCAACUAUGGUUGAUGGAAUGGAUUUGCUCAGAGUUUUGGAAUCUGGGUUAAUCAAAUUGAAACAGAUUCCCAAAGGUGUUACCAAACUAUUUCACUUGAGAUACCUUACCAUAUGUGUUGAUAAUCUGCCAACUGUUGCCGAAGCAUUCUCCGGACUAUGGAACCUUCAAACUCUUGUAGUCUACACAAAGCAGGAAUCCUUUACAAUCAAAGCAAAUAUAUGGAAGAUGAUACAUCUGAGGCAUCUGAAGACGAACCAGGCAAUUACACAAGUUGCCAAUGCCAAAGGCAAUAGUGAGGGUUGUUCGAGUCUCCGAACCCUGAGCAGAAUAUCACCUGAAAUUUGUACCACAAAUUUCUUCAACAAGGCUCCUAACCUGAAGAGAUUGGGCAUCCAAGGAAAGUUGGCCAUUCUAUUUAAAACAAAUUCCUUGGGAAUGCUUAAUCAACUUGAAAAGUUAAAGCUGGUGAAUACAUUCCAUGAUUCAGAAUCCCAACGGUCAAUGAGUUUUCCUGAGUUAACAAGCUGGUUCCCAACAAAACUCACGAUGCUGACCAUCGUGGGCACAAGGUUGGAUUGGAAGCAUAUGUCUACGUUGGCAAGGAUGGAAGCUCUCCAAGUCCUCAAAUUGAAAGACGACGCAUUUACUGGAAUGUCAUGGGAAGCUGUUGGUGGAGGCUUCCACUCUCUCCAUUUCUUGCUCGUUGAAGAUACAGAGCUAGUUAUCUGGAAGGCCUUGAACAAUAGUUUUCCUAAACUUAGGCAUCUUGUGCUUAGACAGUGCAAGAGACUCCGAGAUAUCCCUGAUGCUGUGGUGGGAAGCCUGGAGAAAUUGGACAUAGAGCAUCUAUCAGCAACUGCAGUUGAUUCUGCCAAGAAAAUAGCUGAAAAGAAAAUUGCAAAUCAAGGGGAAAAGGAAGCUUCCAAGUUCAAGCUCACCAAAGGUGCCGGAUGUGAAUCCUCAUAAAUCAGUUGGCUCCAUGUUCAGUGCAAGGAAUAAUGAAGUGAAGACGACAACUGAUGAAGCCUGUCUUUGACCUCUCAAAUAAUUGUUGGCCUGCCUUUCAUUUCUUUGGAAAUUCUUCAACAUGUUUGCAUUAUUUUGACUACCUCUAUUAUGCUUGCUGCUUAGUAGGAUUCUAUUUGGUUCGCAAAAGUUCGACAAGAUACUGGUAGAAUGUGAUUCCUUUAGUUAUGGUUUGUAAGUUGGGUCGAGCAUGUUAUAAGCUCCUUCAUGGGUUUUUCUUCGUUUGGUUCUUUUCCCAUGUCGUAGUCACUGAAUCAAACUUGGACUCUAGUUUCUUUUAAACUGGAGAUGCAUCUCUCACUACAACCGUAGUCGCUACCACGUUUCUGUUGUUCUAAUACAAACAUCUCUGAUUCACUUUUCA